AUGUCAAUCACCACGCAGGACCAGAAUGCCAAGGAGAAAGCGCUGCAGAGCAUCUCCUCUAUGUCUUCGGCUCAGAUCGUCUCAGCCACCGCCAUACACAGCAAGCUCCUGCCUGGGAUCGUACGGGCCAGCUUCCCCAGCAACGCACAGCUGUGGCAGGGGAUGAUUCCUGGAGGACAAUCUAGCGCCGCCAUUGAAGAUAUUAAGCCAUUCUCUCAGCAAGCCUACUCUGUGCAGACAGCGGGGAUCACCACAAUCUCAGGCUACGAGCCUCCUGCUGCAGCCCAAACACACAGAGAGCCAGCGUGGCAUGGUCGCUCCAUCGGCACCACCAAACUGCGUCUGGUAGAGUUUUCAUCUUUCCUGGAGACACAGAGGGACCAGGAGGCAUAUAACAAGCACCUGUUUGUGAACAUCAGCCAGAACAACCCGAGUUACAGCGACCCCAUGCUGGAGUGUGUGGACAUCAGACAGAUCUACGACAAGUUCCCCGAGAAGAAAGGGGGCCUGAAAGAGCUGUUCGCCAAGGGCCCGCAAAACGCUUUCUACCUGAUCAAGUUCUGGGCGGACCUGAGUUCUAAUGUGCAGGACGACCCGGCAGCGUUCUAUGGAGUCACCAGCCAAUACGAGAGCUCGGAGAACAUGACCAUCACCUGCUCCACCAAGGUCUGCUCCUUCGGCAAGCAGGUGGUCGAGAAGGUUGAGACGGAGUACGCACGGUUUGAAAAUGGCCGCUUCAUUUACAGAAUCAGCCGCUCUCCGAUGUGUGAAUACAUGAUCAACUUCAUCCACAAGCUCAAACACCUUCCUGAGAAAUACAUGAUGAACAGCGUGCUGGAGAACUUUACUAUUCUGCUGGUUGUGAGCAACAGAGACACUCAGGAGACCUUGCUGUGUAUGGCGUGUGUAUUUGAGGUGUCUAACAGUGAGCACGGAGCUCAGCACCACAUCUAUCGACUCGUCAAGGACUAACACACACACACACUUAUCAAACACACACACUUAAGGCCUUUUGCUUGGUGAUUAAUGGUGACAUUGGAGGUAAAAUGUCAAAAAACUGAAUUCUACAAAAGUGUCUUUCAACCAAACUACUCGACCUAGUGAGAACGGAAGUGGCUUCAUUUUACUGCAAAACAUCACAAUAAUAAUUGGUUAUUUUUUGUAUUAUUAAAAUCAGCUAUAAAGCAGUUUGCUUCAGGAUCCUCCAUUUCAACACAACAAUAUUCACUCCAACCUCUAUAUCAGAUGGUAAUUAGCUGUAAAAAAAAAUACAUUGAUUAUUAAAAAAGCACAAUGAAUCACUUCAAAACGGGGUGGUUUCCCCAAAAACAUUCAGAAUCUGAUAUCACCGAGAGAUGUCUCCUCCUAAUUAGUUUCUUCCCUUUUUUUUCCCAAUACAUUUGUAUUUUGCUGUUCUGUAGAUGGAAAUGAAAGUGUUAUUUCUGUCAAGUGCUUUUGGGAAAUUCCACCCUGGGAAAAUCAAUUAAAUUCCCUCCUCCCUGUGACAAAAGAGUGUGUGUUAUCUGCCAAUAUACUGACGGACACUGAAGGUCAGACCCUGUGUAUCAUCGAUAACAAGAAAAUAAAAUAACUAUUGCAUUAUGCAUCACAUAGUAAACUAUAGAGUUGGUUUUGUACAUAUAUCCACUGCAAAUUGUGUGAGCUAGAUUCUUGCACAUAAAAGAGGUUUGUUCCCAAAGAAAAUAACAUUUUUAACUUUUUGUAUGUUUUCUUAAAAAAAAAACACAAAAAAAGAAUAGCUUCUGAACUUUGGGAAAUUGUUUAUUGAUAGUAGCAUAUAGACUAUAUUUUAAUUCCAGGAAAACUAUCUAAAAUGUAUGUUAAUAAGAAAGUAUAAAUGACAUUUAAUCAUUCAGGUACCUGUUUGUGCAACAAGCGACUCUUCAUUAAGAUUGAAGAAAAACAUGUUAAAGAUACAAUCCUUAAGCUUUCAGCCCUGGCUCUUUUGGCAGCUAUUGACAAAUAAUAAGAUCAUUUUAAUAUAUUGAAUGGUUAUUGUUAAAACAAAUGCAGACCAAACUGGGUCAGAUUUCUGUACAAUCUUAAGGAUCAUCAUUUUACAUUUUAAAUAGGUUGUGGUCAAUCAAUUGGGAAGCACUGUGACUCUUUAAAACUAUACAACGUCCUUCAUAAUGUUCAAGGGAAGAAACAUUCCAAACUGUUAAAAAUAACCUAUGCUUUUAAAAAAAAUCAGGUUUCACUUAGUUAAUUUAUCUUAGUUUAAUAAGCUUAGUUCAGUAUUCUUGCACCAGCUAACUUGAGCUGACAGAUGUGUUUAAACCUGAAAUGUUCUUACGUCUUACAGAUUUUAAUUGCCCUGACUGGAAGCCAUGGUGCAGUGCUUCAUUUUAGGAAAGUGGUUGAAGACACAGUUCCCUAAAUAAAAGUUAAACUUUGUUUUUUCAGGUAUUUAAUGAAUAUAAGACUUUACUAGUGUCCAAGAGUAGCCUCUGUUAAUUUUAGGGUCAAUUGACCAGUGUGUAAGGAUUUUCUACCAUAAAAGAUAGCUUUGCUAGCUAGCUAGCUAGCUAACAGCAAACAUUGUCACGUCCAAUGAGUGCAUAGCAAACUAUAAGCCAUGGCAUGGUUUUUCAUUUUGAGAGAAAGUGGGUGAAGACACAUUUCCCUUUAAUCAGUCCAGGACUUGUUUCUUCCAGUUUUAUGAUAGUAUGUCAGAAUUAAAGUCAUUUAUAAAUCAAAAACCAAAAACUGUUGAUUAAGUGUACUGUAGCAGGUGAUGAGAAGUGGUUUGUUUGUGUCAUGCCCAGCAGCAUGAAGUGCCUUUGGUUGGGAACAGCAGUAGACAUUUCUAAUCUGUUUCAUGAAAAUAAUCUGGUCAUAAAUGUGUGUAUAGAAAGGCAUUUGAGCUAAUAUAAAUGCAUAAUUACGUUUAUCAUGCUCCAGCUUUCAGCGUCUGAGGGCUAAAUAUCCAAAUUCCAUAUUUAAUGGCUGUUUCUUGUUGUAAUUUGUUCACAGUGAGCCUUUCUAAAGUAUGUUAAUUGUUCCCAAAUGUUAAUGAGACAUGUUCUUGUUUGCUUCUUUUAACGGCACUAUUUACAUGUAUUUGCAUUUGUGUAUUACAUGGUGGUUCAUGUUGAAACAGCUUGCAGAUUGUCUGGUGCCUCAUUUAUAAAAUACAAAUUGGACUUGUUACUACGAGAGAAUGCCAAUUCUAUUUUUAUCUUUAUAUCGCGGCUGUAAAGUUAUUUAAAAAAUCCUGAAGGGUUGGGAUUGGGGUUACGACAUACCGAAGAACCAUGUAUACAAGCAUGCUGUGUUCAACCAUGGAGAAUACAGUAUGCUGAUUAAAACUAUGUCAAGAAUCACAUGGUUCUGUUUCCUGUACUCACUAGGAUGCUUAGUGGUGUCUACAAUAUUUGAAGAAAAAAAAACCUUAAGUUUGACCAGUUUACUAGACCUGAAAAGAGCCAUCUUUGGUCAACAUUGGCUAACUGUUGGCAGUCUUAAAAGGACUCAUACCUGAGUCAGAUCUUACUGGUCUGGAACCAGUCUUCUACAUUUGUGCUGAAGAAUGUUAGGGUCUGUCAUCGUCCAAAACAGCUUUAUCUUGUCUCAAGAUUGCUGUGGGUGUCUUUUAGGGUUACACACACCUGUCCAACUAAAUGCAACCCUUUCAACUCACUGGUGAAUCAUUCUGUCAGGAAAACCCCUUUAAAAAAAACCUUUCCUUUAACUUUCCCAGAGCUUUGCCUCACUACAGUGGUUUGUUGUUUGCAGGCAGACUAUAGACCUUCACAGCAGAGUACUAACACGUAACACGUACAUGCUAACUUAACACACAGCCUCAGAGGGGCUUAUUUUGCAAUAACGACCCUCUGUUUGGUCAUUGUCUACCACCUGCUUACCAAAGACAGUCAUCAUGUGACAGAAAGUACAGAGGAAUAAGGGACUUAUGAAAGUCUAGUCUAGAGUAACUUACCACUAGCUUCCGCCAAAAAUAGUUUCAAAGAAAAGGACACUUAACAUACUUAGCUCAUGGGCUACACUGUAAAACAGAUGUUAGUAAAACAACAAAGAAAUGAAAAAAAAAUAGGAUUAAUGGACCUUUUGUUUUUUGAGCCUAGUUCAGAAAAGGGCAUUUUUGUAUUUAGAGACACUUUAAAUUUGAUUAAAUAUGGACACCUCUCUUCAUCUUGGUUAGCAAACGGAAUAAGUAAGGUCACAGGAAACUGAUUUAUUAAAAAGAAUAGUGCCCCCAAUCUCUGUUAACCCAAUUGUAUGGCUUUUCUGUUCAAUGUCCAAUCAUAUUAAGCAUCUACAGGAUGUGAAAGCACUAAUUACAUCAUAAAAAAGCAGUGUAUUUCUGAGUUUCUGAGUAAUAGUCAUAUGUGUUGGUAAUGUCGUCUCGUAUGUGCAAGUUGGAUAUUUAUCUUCUUUUCAAUGUGGCACAGAAAUCCUGUCUGUAAUUAAUUCCAAAAUGGCCUUGAAUCUUUUUCGCUCUGGUGCAUGUGCAGCACAUGUAUUUGCACUGAGGGUUUUUGAUAAGGUGCUUUAUAUAAAGGUGACCAUAACGUUUAUUACAGAUGUUGUGUAUAUCUUUGAUAUUCUAAUGUUUAUCCCAUUUUGCGAAGAAGACAGUACACAUCCAAAAGCUAGUAAUUUAUUUCUAUUGGUACUGCACAGGGUCUGAUCUUUGCUUUGUAACUUUUUUUCGCCGUCAUGGCUAAAAGUAUGUUAGAUAUUUUCUAGCUUUGUAGAGACUUUGUACGCAUAUGCUAUUCAGUUUAAUAAAUGGUCAGUUCCAA